AUGGUCAGUGUAUUCAUUAGUAGAGGUGAGAGAAUUGCACACUACAGAUCAGUAACUCUCAACAUUAAAGCUCAGACAAUAAUAACUGGGGUGUGUAUUAUUUCUACAGAGAAAGAGGACAGAUCUGCCCCAAGCUUCACCCAGAACCUCUCCCCUCAGUUUGUGAAUGAAGGAGAAAGGCUAACACUGACCUGUCAGUUGGAGGGCAAACCAGAACCAGAUGUAGAGUGGUACUGGAAUGGUGUGCUGGUGAAGCCUGAUGACAUGGUGAAGGUACGGUACAGUGCAGGAACAUGUACCCUGGUGAUUGCAGAGACUAUCCUGGAUGACGAAGGAGACUACACCUGCAAGGCCACAAACUUGGAGGGUGUGGCAACAACGAAGACAUCAGUACAGAUCAAGCCCAAACCUGCCCCUGUGAAGACAGAGGCUGUAGAAAGCAGUAGAGGAGAGAGUGGUGCUCAGCAGGCUCCCAGGUUUAAGACUCAUCCUCAGGGACAGAUUGUUCAGGAUGGGGACAAAGUAGUCUUGAAGUGUGACGUCACAGGAUCCCCAAGGCCUGAUGUUGUCUGGCUUCACAAUGGAAAGGAAAUCCCUAACAGUGAAGACUUUGCCUAUGAGAAUGACAACGGCACAUAUCGUCUUUUGAUUGCUGAGAUUUUCCCUGAGGACACGGGACUUUAUACGUGUGAGGCCUCUAAUGCUGCUGGGGACGCCACCAGCUCCUGCACAGUCAAAGUCAUAGUGCCGGACGAGCCUGACAUGGAAGGACCAGUCUUCGUGAAGUUUCCUCAGUCCACCAGUAUUGAGGAAGGAGCACAGGCCAAGUUCAACUGCAGUUUUGAAGGGGAUUCACCUGUUCAAGUGAAGUGGAGUAAGGAUGGUCAGGACCUGGAGGAGAGUGACCGUAUCAAACUGAGCCAGGACGGCAACUCAUUCAUCCUGGAAAUACCUUCAGCUUUGUCCACUGAUGCGGGCAUCUACAGUGUCAAAGCCACCAGUGAUAAGGGCUCCUCCAGCUGGAUGUUCACCCUCAGUGUUGGAAUGGCUAUAUAAAGCAAAUCACUUAAAGCCAGAAGGAAGUACUGACAGCAUAUGAUCAUUGCCGUGCAAGUGGAGCCCUUUGAACGCUUUCCUUUACUCUGUACUGUGCAAACAGUCCACGUGUGCCAGAGGUCCAGCAUGUAAAUAGGCUGACGUACAAAACUGUUUGAAGGGCCAGUGCUCGUGUUACUGGUAACUGUGUCCAUUUUGAGAUUAUGUGAUACUAUGGUCAUAUUUUUUAUUGUUCUGUAAGUAUUGUUAUUUAUAUUUAUUCUAUUUGGCUACUUUUACACUCUGCUACUUGUCAGAGGGGUGUAAUACCAGAGAGUGUGGAGUGGUGAAUCUGGAGUGUGUAUAUUUGUCAUCUUGGUUAGAAGGAAUGUUUAACUUGUGCCUUGUUCAUAUUAUUAAGUCCUUUAUAGCAGCCUAUAAUUUAUUAGAUCUAAUGAUCAUAUUUUAAUUUAUGAGUUAUGAAUUGUGUGUAGGAUCAUCAUAUUAGUGAAUGCAAAAUAUAUAAAGAAUUGAAAAAAGUUUUCCCUUUUCUUUUCCGACAAUAUAUAUCUUUGUAAAUGAAGAAUUUAUUUAAUACAUAUAUCACUCUUGUCGACGGGCAUGGGCAUUUUAGCUUGAGGAUGACCUAGGCGCCAUUCUCACUCUCUUCACUACUUUACAUGUGACCCAGGGGAAUAUUCUCUUUCCAUGUGUGAUGCUAUGAUACCGUCAACCACACCCACUCUGUGCCUCCUCCGUGUGAAAAUACUAGUAAAGAAAAAGCUUUUGAAGGGCUCUUAUUGGAAUUGGCAACUCAUUUGUAGCUCAUUUCAUUAUGUUGAGAAGCAGUGCUAAGCAUUGGUGCUCCUGCUGUAUUUGUUAGUGGUGUAAGCAAGAUAUAUUUUGGUGCUGUAUCCUGACUGUGGCAUGUUCAGAGACGUGCUGUAUAAAGCUGAAUGACAGGCUGACUUGUGUUUUGGAAAACCUCCUAAUAUUAAACCUUUUCUACUUUAACUUUCGUUCAAGAAGUGACGCCUUGGCCUACACACUGUCUCCCGCCACAACUGCUUGUCAGACUACCACGCACCCUUCCAUGAAAUAAAGCUGUUUGUACAAAAAA